AUGUCGCGAAAACCUGCGGACGUCGCCUCAAAAGAGCGCAACGAGUAUAUUCCAGCUUUCAUCUCGAAGAAGCCAUUCUAUAUUGACGACGAUGAUACUGCGAACGAUUACCUAGAACACCAGCGUCUGCAUAAACAGACGACCGAUCAAUCGAAAUGGUAUGAACGAGGAAAGCGUGCUGGUCCGGCGGCCACCAAGUAUCGCAAAGGCGCUUGUGAGAAUUGCGGUGCGAUGACACACAAGGCAAAAGAGUGCCUAAGUCGUCCCAGAAAACAUGGCGCGAAGUGGACUGGCAAAGAUAUUCAAGCAGAUGAAGUUAUACAGAAUGUCGAUCUGGGAUGGGAUGCUAAAAGAGACCGAUGGAACGGCUACGACGCCGCAGAGUAUCGACAGGUGGUCGAGGAAUAUGAGGAAUUAGAAAGGCUGAAACGACAGGCGAAACUCACAAAAGGGGAGACGCAGACUACAAAUGAUGGUUUAGACGACGAGGCCCCUGAACAGGAGGCUCGGUACGCGGAGGAGUCCGACAUGGGACGACAACAGAGUACAGCCACGCGCAACUUACGAAUUCGAGAAGACACCGCGAAAUAUCUAUUAAACCUUGAUCUGGACUCAGCCAAGUACGAUCCGAAAACGCGACGCAUGGUGGACAUGGGCGCAGCGGAGGAUCAGGCUGCCGCACUUGUGGCUGAAGAGAAUUUUGUUCGCUCGUCCGGAGAUGCAGCAGAGUUUGAGAGGGCACAACGGUAUGCUUGGGAGGCGCAAGAACGUGGGACACAAAAAAUACAUUUGCAGGCAAAUCCGACUUCGGGUGAGAUUACGCGAAAAAAGGAGUUGGCUGAAAGUGAGGCCAAACGCGAUGCGCAUCGGAAGGCACUUCUCGAGAAAUAUGGCGGCGAGCAGCAUCUGAAACACACACCACUUCUUGAGACUAUGGUGGUUGAGAACGAACGGUUCGUCGAGUAUGACGAGACUGGAGCGAUCAAAGGCGCUCCCAAGAAAGCAACCAAGUCCAAAUACCCUGAAGAUAUUCUCACGAACAAUCACAAAUCAGUCUGGGGUAGCUGGUGGCACAAUUUCCAAUGGGGAUACGCUUGCUGCUUCUCAACGGUCAAGAACAGUUAUUGUACUGGCGAGGAAGGAAAGCGCGCAUUCGAGGAAGCGCGGAACAUGUUGCUACUGCCAGGGGAUGAGACCGAGCAGCCGUCGCUGGCAGUCGAGUCUGCUAGUCGCCAGGAAGAGCCGAGCGCAGAAAGUCACAACCAGCAGCGAGAUUCUAAGAAGCGAACGCUCAUGGAGGUCCAGUCAGGGAUUACUGAGGAGGAAUUAGAGUCAUAUAAGCGCAGCCGACUUGCAGCUGAUGACCCUAUGGCCGCAUUUAUUGAAAAGGACGAUUCCUGA